AGUGUUCCCCGGUGUUCGAUGAUCCGAUCAGCACUACAUCUCGGGUUAUUUGGUGGUUGCAACUUUGGGACUGGCAACACUCGACAACGUCCAAUUGCAACCUCAGUGACACCAUGACAUAUUUCCGAGAGUCAAUCGAUUUUUGCUUUGUCGGAAACGAUAGGUUGUUGAUGGCCAGCGAUGAGUUGAAGCUCUAUUCAAUCGAGGAUAUGUCCCGAGAACCGCAAUUGCUGGCAUGCUACUUUUACCCUUUCCAGUGGCGAGCAUGCAGUGCCACCUACCCAUCAAUGAUAUUGCGCAUGGCUCACAAAUGCAGAUGCAAGCCCAACAAACGAUGUGGACCUCAGACCCUGAACAUCGACUGUUGUGCUAUGCUACGUUCCGUCCGCGUCUCGUCUUCGUCAUCUCCACCCGUAUUUUCUUCGAUCUCGACUCGAAGCGCGUGGGUGAAAAGGCAGUGACAAUACCAUGGCAAAAUUGGGGCCCUACAAAUACUCGUGUGUUUCCGGAUUCAUGGAAACUUUGCGUCAGCGGGAAUCGAGUUCUACAGGCAUUCCCUGCAGGCUCUAGGUCCCAGUAUAGAUUGCAUAUGAUGGACUUCAGUCCGUUGGCUGUUGAGCGCCGGCAAGGUCUAGGACGAGUGGUGAGGGAGCCGUCUGAAACAGAAAUCCAUAAGCAGGGUAAGGCGUUGAUAACGUCUCUACCUUAUGUCGAGGUCGUGUCCGACAUAGUCUUCGAUGCUGUCGAAUUAAUCGGGAUGUGGGUCGAUAGGGAUAGAAUUUAUUUAGCCAAGAUGAUGGAUCCGCCUGAGGACAACCCUGGGGAUCGAAGAAUGGACCAGCUUAAAGUCAUCGAGAUGUCGAUCGUCGACCACUCGUGAUUGUGGUCUAGGCGUCCCUGAGCCUGUGUUUGACUAGGUAACCCAAAUAGAAAUAAGACGCUGGCAGUUGAAAGUACUUUCCACGGACCACGGUAU